CCACCAGCCAAGGCAACUCAGCAACUGAGACAACACUGCCACCGUGUGGACGGAGCAGCAGUGCACCGGACAGUGACACAGCAGGAGGCGGAGGGGUGGCAGUGAGCCAGACCGGAUCCUUCAUGAGGGAAGAGGCCAGGGACAGCCAACCAACCCCGGCUUCUCUUCACUCAUAUUAUUCUGUAUUGCAAGCCAGGGAGCCCGAGCAGGGGGCUGCGCUAGUAUUCGUAGGAUGUCCCGUCAUGAAGGCGUGAGCUGCGAUGCAUGUUUAAAAGGCAACUUCAGAGGUCGACGAUACAAAUGUUUAAUCUGCUACGACUACGAUCUGUGUGCUUCGUGCUACGAGGGCGGUGCAACCACAACCAGACACACCACAGAGCAUCCCAUGCAGUGUAUAUUAACCCGAGUUGACUUUGACCUGUACUAUGGUGGAGAAGCUUUCUCAGUGGAGCAGCCCCAGGCCUUCACAUGUCCCUACUGUGGCAGAAUGGGCUACACAGAGAUCUCCCUUCAGGAGCAUGUGGCUGCAGAACACACAGAGACCUCCACAGAAGUGAUCUGCCCCAUAUGUGCAGCGCUACCUGGUGGCGACCCCAAUCAUGUGACAGAUGACUUUGCUGCUCAUCUCACACUUGAACACAGAGCACCCAGAGACUUAGAUGAGUCCAGUGGGGUGCGGCAUGUGAGGAGGAUGUUUCACCCUGGUCGUGGGCUGGGGGGUCCGAGAGCUCGCAGGUCUAACAUGCACUUCACCAGCAGCACCACAGGGGGGCUCUCCACCAGCCAGAGCUCCUCACAGAGUUCCAACUACAGCAGAGAGGCCAUGGACCCUAUAGCAGAGCUUCUUUCCCAGUUGUCGGGGGUGCGGCGCUCGGCGGGCGGACAGCUCAACUCGGGCCCCUCGGCCUCCCAGCUCCAACAGCUUCAGAUGCAACUCCAGUUGGAGCGCCAACAAGCCCAGGCGGCGCGUCAGCAGUUGGAGACGGCCCGAAACGCCACCCGAGGCGGCGGCCGAGCCAAUGCAAUCCUCAAUACCAAUUCAGCUGCCGCAAACCCCAACGCCAACCACAAUACCAACCCCAGUCCAAACCCGGGUCCGCCGGAGUCCAACACACAGCACACUGCACAUAGCUCCCAGUUUCUACUCAGCAGGCUGAGCGAACCGCGGCUGUCUGAGGCAGAGCGGCAGGCGUGCGAGGCCCAAUGGGCCGACCGGAGCUUGUUUGUGACGGAGCUGCUGCUGUCGACGCUGCUGCCUGACUCGGACGCCUCGGCCUCCUCCUCCGAAGACGAGGACGACUGUCACGGCUCAUUGCGGAAUUUCGCUGACUUCGAGGCCAUGGGCUGUGUUGAGGUCAUGACCUUAGACGUGGCACUGGAGAACCUCAACCUCAAGGAGAUGACCCCGGCCACCAAGACGCCGAAAACCACGACUAAAACAGCACCAACGAAGAAAGAGCCUCCUGCGCCGCCCCUUUGAUGACAUGGCCACUCCCUCCCCUCAAACCACCAUUGUACUUGGCUAACUGCUGAGUCAGUCCGACUGCCAAUGGAUGACAAAAAAGACUGCAGUUCUUUUUGGCUUUGUUUUAUUUUUUUUUUCUCAGUGAUUGUCAUUUCAGCUCUGUCGCUCCACAGUCAACCCCAUGUUUAUUACGUUGUGUACAUUGAAUAAAAGUAGUGAGACGAGAGAAUGUGAAAGCAAGCAAGCGUGGUGGGUGCGUGAGAGAAAGAGAAAAAUAAUUAUAUAAAUAUAUUAUAGAAAAAUGUAUAUGAAAGUUGAUAAUCAAUUCCACAUAACCCGUGUUUCCUCUAGCAGAUGAGCAAAGUGUAGUUAGCCGUUUUUAAAGAGACAAACGUGUCACACACUCACCCAGGGAGAGGAGGCAGACAGAAACCUCUCUGGUAAAAACGCUGCUGUGUAUUUAUAGUUAUUGAUUAAAGAACUGCUUGGAAUGGUUUACCACAACUUAAGCAUGAGCUUAAAUCACCAUGUGCCCAUUUCUAACUGCACACUGUCACUAAACUGGGAGGUCUUUCUCUAUUGCUCAGACACCUGAGUAACUGUAAAUGAACGGUGCCACACCACUGGCAUUUCUGCACACACACACAUGCACAUAUGCAGACUGAUGCCCCCCCCUUGUGUGACAUCACCUGUUUUUGGGUCUAAAGACCUUGCUUUAUAUCAACUGUGGGCACUUUGGUUUUGAAUUGCAUAUCCAGUGUCCAUUUGUGUACACUACAGAUGCUCUACAUAAAGGCGUAAUGCAACUCAGAGGCAAACGGAGAUAAAACUGUCCUCAGUGUGACCAUUUUCAGGCCUUUUCUAACAUGGAAGAAACACAACCUGGUCUUCAUAGUUCACCCCCCCACCUCCCCCUUCUCUUUUACGGAAGACCAGACGCUAGCAUCCCGUGAUCUGAAAUUACUUUUCUCUCCAUUACUCAUGAAUGCAAAAAUUACUCAUCAUGUGACUUGAAGGAGAGCAUCUUGUAUUGCUCUUUCCAUUAAUUUCUCUCAGUCAAAAAGAUCUUUGUAUGCCUCCACUGCUACAUGAAGAAAUGCAAUUAUGUUUUUGGCUCAGCGAAAAGCCAAAUCACAGGGUAAACCUUUCAGUUUGGAGGACAAUAAAAAAAAUGUUUUGGAUGGAAAUUAACUAACCCAA